AUGUCAACUCCGCAAUCGGAAUCAUCUCCAACUAAUCCCUCAUCUGAUUGUGAAAACGAGAAUGAAACGCCAGAUGAAUCUCUGGUUGAAACGAGAGAGAAGUCUUUGAAUAACCAGGACGAGGAGUGCCAACCGGAGCCUGAGAUAGAGCCAGAAGUUCCGGAAACACCUGAACCAGAACCAGAAAUUAAGGAGCCGGAGCCGGAGCCAGAACCUGAGCCACAAAAAGAAGUUGUGGAGCAGAAGGAAGAAUUGAAGCAAGAAACAUUUGAUCCACCACUUCAAGCAGAAUCUGCAUUAGUUGAGGAGCGCCAGCCAGAAUCCCCUCAUCCGAAAAACACCCCAAUAACCCCAGAAGAAUCCCAAAGUCCUAUUCCCGACCCUCCAACUAUGGAUGAAAUCGCUUCUAGCGAGCUGGAAUCUCUCAAAUUUUCUGAAGCCGAUGCCUCACCACUGGAGCAUCACAACCACCGAGUCAUGCAAAAUAAUGAGAAUGAAACGGUGGAAGUGAAGAAACAAAUCAGCCCGACUCCAAUGAAUAGAGCACCUGCUAGAUCAGGCAUCCGACCGCCAAGUGCAAUACUACGCACGCCGAAAAUUCCAGUGCCGGCGGCUAGUAUUCCAAGACCCUCUAAUACUGCUACACCAUCGGCGCCACGUACUAUUAGUACACCACGACAAUCUGCGUCAACUGCUCCGUCACCUAGACCCAUUUCAAAAAUGUCGCGAGAACGUUCGGAUGUUCAAAAGUCGACAUCAACUCGAAGUAUUGAUAAUGUUGGGAAAUUCACUCCAAAAGUGAAUGCUAAAUUUGUGAAUGUAAAGAGUAAAGUGGGAAGUGUUACGAAUCAUCGACCAGGUGGCGGAAAUGUCGAGAUUUUUUCGGAGAAAAAGCAAUACCAAGCUCAAUCGAAAGUUGGCUCCCUCAAAAACGCGACGCACGUACCAGGAGGUGGCAAUGUUCAAAUCGAGUCGAGAAAACUUGAUUUCUCGUACGCCUCACCGAAAGUCGGCUCAAAAACUGACUAUCAACCAGCCCGAUCUGAUGUCAAAAUUGUGUCGGAGAAGCUGACAUGGCAAGCAAAAUCGAAAGUCGGGUCGAUGGAUAACGCUGCUCACAAGCCUACUGGGGGAAAUGUUCAGAUAUUGAGUCAGAAACUGAAUUGGAAGGCGGAAAGUAAAGUCGGAUCGAAGGAUAAUAUGAAUCAUCGACCAGGAGGUGGAAAUGUUAAAAUAUUUGACGAGAAAAUCCGCUACGUGUCAUCCGAUUCCAGCAGAAACCACUCAGCCCUGGACAUCAGUUCUUUAUGA